UCCGGUCCCAUGCAGCUUUUCCGGUUGUGCCUGCCUUCUGUCAUAACUUCCAAGAUAUCAAUAUGGAAGAAAGCAAACUUAAUAUUUCUCUUCUUUUUGUUGAGAAAACUGAUCCUUCCUUUCUACUCUUUCACAUUAUUUUGCAUAAUUCUUCCUUUAACCAUGUUUAUACCUGAAGCCGAGCUUCCUAUGUGGGUUAUAUGCUACGUGCCAAUUAUUAUGACAUUACUUAACAUUCUCCCAGCGCCAAAAGCCAUUCCGUUCAUCGCCCCCUACCUCCUUUUCGAAAACACCAUGUCUGUAACCAAAUUCAAUGCAAUGGUAUCGGGACUCUUCCAAUUGGGCAGUUCGUAUGAGUGGAUUGUGACGAAAAAAGCAGGCAGGUCUUCGGAAUCCGACUUACUGGCUGUUGUUGACAAGGAUAUGAAAGCAUUGAUUCAACCACAGAUCAUCCGAGGUGCUUCUGAAAGUGAUCUUUCUGAGUUGAAUCUGUUGAAAGAACAAAAGCCUCGGCCAGUCAAGAAAACUAACAAGAUAUACAGGAAAGAGCUAGCCCUUGCUUUCCUAUUGCUUACAGCUUCAGUCAGAAGCCUUUUAUCUGCUCAAGGACUCCAUUUCUACUUUCUGCUUUUCCAAGGAGUGACCUUCCUUCUUGUUGGCCUUGACUUGAUUGGAGAGCAAAUCAGUUAACAAGAAGAGACAAUGACAGCAAGCGAAUGGCCAAAGAGUCACCAUUGAACAUAGCUUGUACACUUCACCACAGUCAACCAAUCUUUUCGAGUGCAUAUCGGCCAAGUCAAUAAAGGUUCGCGACAUCAUGCAAGUCAUUUUAUAUAUUUAUCGUUCUCUUUUUCCUUUUUAUCUACGUUAGAUAGGACAACGGUCACAGUAGUUCUCCACAUGUAGUUAUUAUGGUUAAACUUUUAGCAUAGGUCGAAGAAAAAUCAUUUUUUUCCCAUAUAUUCUCAAUGUUGCACC